AUGCAGUCCCCGGACAACGAUGCGUCGCCAACCGAGUCGAUCCAGGCGCUGCCGAUGGCCGCCUCCACCGUGAGGCUGCCUAAGAGGCAGUCUGUCCCCGAGGGCCACCCUCUGUCGCAGUCCGAAGUCAGCUUGCCGCACCGCCGGUCCCACCCCUCGGCCGCGCCGCUGUUCGCCUCGACCCUGACCCCUCCGGGUUCGCGGUCCGGAUCGCCCAUGGGACGGGGCUCGCCGGCCCGCAGCACCAUGUCCGGAUCGGUCUUCGGCGGACCCGCGGGCAGAUCUCUGAUUGAUCUCUCUUCCGACAGCCCCGGCGACCCGCGGAAUCUGCUCGUCAAGGCGUACGUGCCGCAUGUUGCGAUCUACACCUCCAAGGACACCGAAGAGCUGGCGAGGGAGAAGGGUUUCAAGAACGGUCUUUGGGAGUUACUCAGGCCGUUUGGAGAGCAGGUCAACGGCAAGGUUACGAUUAGAGACAGCAACGGCGCCAGCAGGACGUGGGAGGACUACUCUAUUCGGUUCGUCAAGUUCGGAGAUAACAUCGACUCGCCGGACGGCGCGAAGAAUGAGAAGGCCUCGCUAGGAUCCUCGCUGAAGUCGAGAAACACACUGGAAGACGUCGAAGCCGUGGUUGAUCGCCAUCUGUCCUACGCCGAAGACUCGUUCAUGCACACCCCGCACCACGGCGCCUUAACAAGACAAGGACUGGACAUUGAGGCAACCUCGCCCUACUACUCACUGUACCUGCGCAGGUUACUUUCGGGUAUCCCGGUAACGCCGCACGAGACAUUUGCGCAUCCGGUGGCAUGCGUCAUCGCAAUCAGUUCCAGAAGCCCUGCGCCGAUUGAAGAUCUUAGGAAGUUGUAUAACGACACGAGCUCAGGCGAGAACAAGCUCCCUGUCUGGGUUGAUGGGGACUACCUUCGGUACUACGUUCUGGUUCACGACGAAGAACGCGACGAUAUAACGCGAUCACUUGCUCUCUUUGACCAGAUGAAGCGCCACCUUGGCCUCCACUGCCACUUACUCCGAUUACGAAGCACGCAGAGCGCCGAGACCGACGACGACAGUAUACCGCUCCCCCGCAGCGACUGGAUGUCUGCGGCCGAAGAACUUGUGGACAUUCAGCACAGCGAAGACCAGGAAGACUUCGAGGACCCAACCAGAUACAUCUUUGAGUCGGAUGCCACGGCAAUCCGGACGUUUGUGAGAGAAAUGGUGACGCAGUCCAUCCUUCCUACUAUGGAGCGGCACGUAUCGCUCUGGAACGAUCAGGUAGCUUCUCGCAGGAGAGGUAUCACAGGCAGAUUUAUGAGCAUAUCCAGAAAAUGGGGAGGUUUUGGCAGCAGCUCAAGAUCAUCAGUGGUCGGAGGUAGCAGCUCAUCUAGCACCUACGACCCGUCAGGUUUCUACCGGCCAGAUGCGUCGGAAGCAAUCAUGCGGAAGCUGGCCGACUUCGCUUUCAUGCUGAGGGAUUACAAACUGGCACAGUCGACAUACGACCUGCUGAGAUCCGACUUCAGCGACGCCAAAGCGUGGAAAUACCACGCCGCUGCGAACGAAAUGGCUGCUGUCAGUCUUCUCAUCAUGCCACAAAACCUCAGUUCCAAGUCCCGCGCGGAGACGAUUGAUCAGAUGCUCGAAGCGGCCUUCUACUCCUACCAGACACGAUGCAGCGCUCCCUUCGGCGCACUGCGUUCUCUUACCUUGGGCAUCGAGCUUUUGCGCCUCAGGGGCGGGAGCAGCGUCGACGAUGCAGUGCGAUGGGGCAUCCGCCUCCUGGAUUCCAAGAUCCUAGGUCCCAUUGGCGACGCCCUGAUGAAGGAGCGCCUCGCGGUGUGCUACGCCGCGAAACCGGGCGUCGGCUCCGGCUCCUGGGGUCACCGCAAGCGCAAGUCGGCGAUGUGGUGUGUCCUCGCCGGCGAGUCCUGGCUCCUUCAGCAAAAGUACAUCCAGUCCCAACGCUGCCUGAACGAGGCCGGUCAGAUCUGGUCAGAUCUGCCGCACGAGAACGGCAUCUCGAGAUUCAACCUUGCCAACGACUUCGUGAUGGGCCUGCAGCAACAGCUUGAUGAGCGGCUCGAGGCUGCGGAAGACGGAGGCGACGCUUCGAUGUUGCAGGAGGAAGAGGUCCUCGUGGACGAGGAGAGCGAGGCGCUGGAUUUGAGGUCGAGGAGGGCGAGCAUGAUGGGUAGAGCGAUGCCGCCAGCUGCGAACCUCGAGACUGCGCCGUUGCAUCAGGCCAACUCGAACGAGGACGACGUCGGGCCUGGUUCUGUACAAAACGAUUUCGGAUAA